GCGUGAGGAGUGGGAGGAAGGUUGUGCUCUCGCGAGUACUCCGCCUUUCGGCCGUUGGCUUGUGUCCGGCCGUUUAUCUGUCCACUGAACGUCCCCUCGGACCUCUCGGAGCGGCACUCGGAGCGGGAACAGUGAACAGAAUGAGUACCUCACAGGACCAGAGUGGCUGCUCCAGUAACAGAGAACCUCUUUUGAGAUGUUGUGAUGCAAGAAGGGACUUGGAGCUUGCUAUUGGUGGAGUUCUCCGGGCUGAACAGCAAAUUAAAGAUAACUUGCGAGAGGUCAAAGCUCAGAUUCACAGCUGCAUAAGUCGUCACCUGGAAUGCCUUAGAAGCCGUGAGGUGUGGCUAUUUGAACAGGUAGAGCUCAUCUAUCAGCUUAAAGAGGAGACCCUUCAGCAGCAGGCUCAACAGCUCUACUGGUUACUGGGCCAGUUCAAUUGUCUGAUUCAUCAGCUGGAGUGUACCCAAAACAAAGAUCUAGCCAAUCAGGUCUCUGUAUGUCUGGAGAGAUUGGGCAGUUUGACCCUCAAACCUGAAGAUUCAACUGUUCUGGUCUUUGAAGCAGACACGACUGCUCUGCGUCAGGCCAUCACCACAUUUGGGUCCCUUAAAACCAUUCAAAUUCCUGAGCACCUGAUGGUUCAUGGUAGUGCAUCAAAUAUUGGGCCGUUCAUGGAGAAAAGAGGUUAUAGCCCAUUGAUAGAGCCGCAGAAGUCAGCAUCCAGCAGCAUCACUGUCCCUCUCAGUGAAUGGCUCCUUGGAAGCAAAUCUGCCAGCUGUCGUCAGGCUCCUUACAUGCCCAGCACCAACCUCCAGGACUGGCUCACACAAAAGCAGAUCCCAGAGAAUUAUCAGACUUCUGCCAGAGCCUGCAAUUUCUUCAGUAAUGCCUGGGGCAACCUAAAGGGCUUGGAAAAUUGGCUUCUCAAGAAUCACCAACAAGAAGUUCCUGAAAAAUCAAGUCACCAAAAGUGUAAUAGUUAUUCUACUACCAGUUCUUACUCUGUUGAAAUUGAAAAAGUUGAAGAUUUAGACCUUCUGGAUCAAGAUGAGAUAGACCUUUCUGACUGGCUGGUGACUCCCCAGGAAUACGAUGAUCUGGAGAAGCUUGGGAGUGGCAGCUGUGGAACUAAUGAGAAGUUUAAGUCCUUGUUCCAGGUGUUCCAGGAGUCCUAUAGUGUGAAUGAUUGGCUCAUCAAGCCUGAUUCCUGCACCAAUUGUCGGGGCAACCAGCCCAAAGGUGUGGAGAUUGAAAACCUGGGCAAUCUGAAGUGCCUGAAUGACCACCUGGAGGCCAAGAAACCCUUGUCCACUCCUGGCAUGAUUACCGAGGUUUGGCUUGUCCAGAACCAUCAGGACCCUUAUAAAGUAGAGGAAGUAUGCAAAGCCAAUGAGCCCUGUACAAGCUUUGCAGAGUGUGUGUGUGAUGAAAAUUGUGAGAAGGAAGCUCUGUGUAAAUGGCUUCUGAAGAAAGAAGGAAAGGAUAAAAAUGGGAUGCCUGUGGAACCAAAACCUGAGUAUGAGAAGUAUAAAGAUUCCCUGAAUAUGUGGCUCUGUCCUUCCAAAAAAGAGUCAAUAAAAGAAACCAAGGCAUCAAAGGCACUGACUCCAUCUAGAAUUACAGAUUCCUUCCAAGUCAUAAGGAACAGCCCCCUAUCUGGGUGGCUCACCGGACCCACAGGCAAAGAAGGACAUCCCAAGGAAGUUCCUAGUGCUGAAGCACCUAGCGUUGCCCAACAAAAUCUUAUGAGUCCUGUGGCGACUUCUUGGUGUCCUUUGAACACAGCCGACUGGGUCUUGCCAGGAAAGAAAACUGGAAAUCUCAACCAGUUAUCCUCAGGAGAAGAUAAGUGGCUACUUCGAAAGGCAGCCAAGGAGGUAUUACUUAACUCACCUCUGCAGGAGGAACGUAGCUUUCCCCCAGACCAUUAUGGUCUCCCAGCAGUGUGUGACCUCUUUGCCUGUAUGCAGCUUAAACUUGAUAAAGAAAAGUGGUUGUAUCGAACUCCUCUGCAGAUGUAAAGGAAUGGAGAACUAGUCACGCAACUUUCCUGCAAAGUAUUACACAUCCAUGAGCCAAGUGACUGCAGCUUAUCAAAUCAUUAUUUUUCUGGGUCUGACCAAUCAGUUUAGUUCCUUUUCUGCUUAAUUUUGAUCUAGUGAAAAGAAAGUCAUCAAAGUAUGAGUUACUGUGUACAAGGAAAAGGCUGUUUGUUGAUGAGGUGAAUAAGUUCCUUCUUACAGAAGUAGUAAUUCACCCUUAGCACAGAAACACAGCAAUUUACUAGAUAGGUCUUUUCCAUGGCUCCUUAGAUUGGGUUGCUAAAUGAUAUUAACUUUAUAGUUUUAAAAAUGAAAUAGUUCUGUCAGGUGUGUUCAUAUAUUCUAAAGUUAGUAAAUGUCCCUGUCCCUAACUUUUUGAUUCCCCUUCUUUAGCUGCUUCCCUUAUUGUGGGUUUUCAUCAUUAGCAAAGAAAUGCCUUUUGUUGCUGUUGUUACCAAAAUGGGUAUUAAAUCUUUGCAUUUUUUGACACAAUUACAAAACAGCAGAUUCCUAAUUCUUUUGAAAGACAUCUACUGUAAAUUCUUUUUCUCAGUGUGUUCUUUUAAAAGGGCCUUGUAUUGUUUCAAGACUAUUUUGUGGUAGUCUUAGUCACUUCAGAAGUCUUUUGAGCCUACAGGCAAAAGAGCCCUGUGCCACUCAAAGAGCAAAAGUCAAGUAGUACUUACUGGUAUUACAUAGUCUUUAAGUAUGAUGUUAGUACUUGAAAUACUAUUUUAGGGUUAUUGGUGCAUCCUGUGUAAAUGGAAGCUGAGCUUGACACCUGGUGCUUUUAACUAGGGAGUAAAUAAAAUGUCUUUUCACUGCAAGCAUACCAUAUUCUAUACCUCUAGAAGUGCAAUGCAGUGAUAUUUGGUGAACAGGCCGUUAGAAUACAUACUUGUGCCUUGGGAGUAUUUAUUGAAGCUUUACAAAAAUUUGUGUUUUCCCACUAUCCUUAGUCAUUUUUUAGUAGUUUCUCUGUAGGAGAGACAAGAUUUAAAUGUUUUAAUAUUCUGUAAGAUGGGCUAUCCUAGCUACUUCCCAGGUUUUAAAUUAGUAAGCCACAAAACUUGUCUACAUGUUAUUGAAAAGUCUUUCAAAGUCUGUGGUCAAAGCAUUUUUGAGGGAAAACUUCAUUCCCAUAUACUGCUUCAUUAGAAUUCUUUGAACCACAGCUAAAAAGAGCCUUAUUAUUUUUUAGUCUCCCCAUUUAUUUUAGAAUUUUAACAAUAAAAGUGGUGGGUAAAAUGGAAACUAGUUUUUUGUUGAUUACUAUGUGUAGUAUAUAGAGAUGUUGAAGUAUACACCUGAAACUUACACAAUGUUGUAAACCAAUGUAACCUCAAAACAAAAUAAACUUAAGGAGCCUUUCCAUUAUCUUAGUUUGCAAGAAAAUUUGUAGUUUUUUGAGGUUUAACAGUGUAUUCUUAAAUUUAUGUUAACCAACUUAUGCUAGUUAAGAUAUUCUUUUGCAUUGAUGUAUUUUCUACCUUCCUCCAUUAAAAGCCUAACAGCCAUAUAAAUUGUCAUGUGCAUUUAUAAAACUACUUUGUCACAAAAUAUACUAUAUUAUGUGUGAACCUUUAAGGAAUAUAGCUGAGAAAUAGCCUGAAUAUAUAUAGUUUUGUCAUGUAAAUAUGAAUGUAUUUUGUGAAUCUUGAGUUAGCAGAUAUAUUGCAGAUUUCCAUUCUUUUCCCCUACAAACUCUUAAUUUGUAUUGCUGAUGAAAUAUAUUG